UUACCUGUGAAUGAAAUGGCUAUGUAUCAUUAGCCAAUCGCCGCGCAGGAGCCGGGACAGCGGCAGCCAAUCGCCGCGCAGGAGGCGGGCUUGUUCCUGAAUACGGGUGGGGAGUAAAACGGCGCUCAUCAGCUGCGGAGCUUCGACGGCGCGCGCCUCCGUCUCCCCGCGGUCUGCAGGCGAGAUCAGCAGGAGAAGAGCCCAAGAUGGCAGCGUGAGGAUGAGACUGCCCAGCUCGGUCCUAGUGUCGGUCUCUCUGUUUACAGCCGAGACCACGGCUGCCCUGUACCUCAGCACCACGUACCGCUCGGCCGGAGACCGAAUCUGGCAGUGCUUCACCCUGCUGUUCACACUGGUCCCCUCCGUGCUGGUGCAGCUCACGCUCAUCUUCAUCCACAGGGACCUGAGCAGAGACAGGCCGCUGGUGCUGCUGCUCCACAUCUUACAGCUGGGACCUAUUGUCAGGUGCCUGGAUGCAUUCUGUAUCUAUGGAAGUUCAGGGAAGGUGGAGGAGCCCUAUGUCACCAUCACACGCAAGAAGCAAAUGCCCCGCAGUGGUCAGACAGAGGAGGUGGAGCAGGAGGUGGGACAGGCGGAGGGCAAGCUGGUCACCCACCGGGCUGCUUUCGCCAGGACCUCCGUCAUCCAGGCCUUCCUGGGCUCAGCUCCUCAGCUCACACUGCAGCUCUACAUCUGCAUUCUGCAGAGGAGUGUUUCCAUUGGGAGAGGCACACUGAUGGUCAUCUCUCUGCUCUCCAUUGUCUAUGGAGCCCUGCGCUGCAACAUCCUGGCCAUCAAGAUCCGCUACGAUGACUACGAGGUUUCAGUGCAUCCGGCAGCAUACCUGUGUGUGUUCAUGUGGCGUGGGUUCGAGAUCGCCACGCGGGUUGCGGUGCUGGUGCUCUUCAGCUCCGUGUUGAAGGUGUGGGUGCUGCCUGUGGUCUUGGUUGGCUUUUUGCUUUUCUUUCUGCUGCCGUGGGUGCGCUUCUGGAGCAGUCACUCGCCCUUCCCUGAGAACAUUGAGAAGACACUGACGAGGGUGGGCACCACCAUUGUGCUUUGCAUGCUGACAUUCCUCUACGCUGGCAUUAACGUCUUCUGCUGGUCAGCCGUGCAGCUGAAGCUGGACGACCCGGAUCUUAUCGACAAGAGCCACGGCUGGCGCCGCGCUGCCGCCUACUACUCGCUGCGGUUUGUUGAGAAUGCGGCGCUCUCUUCACUCUGGUACGUCCACCGCACCGACUUCUACCGGCAGGUGGACGCGCCCGUGUUAGAACUGAUGCUCUUGCUUGGCUACGCACUGGCCGUCUUCUUCAUGCUGCUCUUCUACCAGUGCUGCCAUCCCUGCAGGCGACUCUUCUCGUCCAGCCCGGCCCAGGGCCUGUGGGAGUGCUGCGGGUCUCUGAAGCUGCCCGUUGGGACCUACUCCCAGCCCUGUCUGCCACUGGACAAGCCUGGGCUGGAGCAACCCGAAACAGCCAAAGAUUCGGUCACCAAUGGAGAGGUCAAUCAGAGUCUGUGCUGAGUAGUAAAAAGUGCCCCUUAUGGACCAGAAGCUUGACUACUCAAGAAAGAAGCUCAAAUAUUGUUGUUAUUGCCUUGACCGUCUUAAGGAAUGUAUGAGGGAACAUUACUCAGACUCAGAGAAGGCCAGAUUUCCUGGUUUUGAUUCUUCGUUCGUUUGUUUACAAGGCGAAAGCGGUCGCCGUAAUCGUGGCAUGGGGUUGUUGAUGCAUGUGCUUAAUUUUAACCUUAAUACAACAUAUGAAAAUGCUGCUUCUGUCGACAUAUUAUGUGGGAGCUCUCUUGUGUAACUGUCUGUCUAUCCUUCUCUCUGUUAGUUGUCUUUCUCUGUCUCUCUCUCUCUCUCUCGCAAUCUCCAUCUCUUUUAUAUUCAAACAUAAAUAUUUGUUUGGAACAUUAUCUUAAAGGGGUUAGACAAAAAUAAUGGAAACACCAAUCUUUUUUUCUAAUUUUAAAGCCCUUUGACAAGCUUCUGAAUAGUUUGUAGGCAAAUAAGAAAACAUUAUUUGAAGAGGAAUGCAUAAAAAAAUGUUGUAACAUCAGCUUAAAAUAAUGUGGCAAUUCAUUACACCAGUCUAUUGUUCUUACUUUGUUGUCAAGACUCAAGAUAUUUUAUUACUGCACCUCUGACAGGUAGCAGUUUAAGCUUACUCAAAAACAACAGUGAAUGUUUUGCCGCGUUUUUUUAAUAGCUGCCACUGAUUUCCCUUAUUGAAUGAGGUUUUCAGGCUAUAUUUCACACUUAAACUCACAUGUCAAGGGACCAAGGAACUAGCAUCAUGUCCCAUGACUUUUGCCAUGCCCCAUACAUGCUAAGAAAUGCUGUACUGAGCUGCAGGAACUUCCCAUGCCAUCAUGCCCAUAAUGUCCACCAUAUAUGGUAAUGCCUUCUAUGAGGUAUUCCCAGUACACAUGUGACACUCUAGAUUAAGGAAUUUUAAAUGCCCACACAAUUUUAAAAGUUAUGUUAACAUCGGAAAUGUCUAAUCCAUUUGGCACCCACUAUUUGGCCUCACAUGAUCAUGUUACGUGGUAAGUGUUAAGCCUUACUCACCAGAUAACACCUCACACCAUAUACAGGUGUGGGUGUACAAACAAUCGGUUUGAGAAAACUGAUGAUAAGGAUAAUUUUGCUAAAUUUAAAACCUCUGGAAUAUAAUCAAGAGGAAGAUGGAUGAUCACAAGCCAUCAAACCAAGCUGAACUGCUUCAAUGUUUGCACCAGGAGUGGCAUAAAAUUAUCCAAAAGCAGUGUGUAAGACUGGUGGAGGAGAACAUUAUUUCAGCCAUUUCUCAUUUUCUGCAAAUAAAUACUCUAAAUGACAAUAUAUUUAUUUGGAAUUUAGGAGAAACGUUGUCCGUAGUUUAUAGAAUAAAACAAUGUUCAUUUUACUGUACUAACAAAUACCUAUAAAUAGCAAAAUCAGAGAAACUGAUUCAGAAACUGAAGUGAUCUCUUAAUGUUUCCAGAGCUGUAUAACAUGAACAUAUAACAGUAUUCACAAUGGAAUGACAAAAGUCAUGGGACAGGAACUAUCAUCAUGUCCCAUGACUUUUGCUGCAGGACAUGCACUUAUUAUUAUAACAUAAACAAUGUGUUAUAUACACGCUAACAUGCCAAAAGUCAUGGGAUUUGGGAAUUAGCAUCAUGUUCCGUGACGAUAAUUACCACCCUCUGUGCUGAGAUGUCCACUGUGGGUGGCAAUGUUAGCUUUAUAUGAUGUUUUCUCGGGAUACCUGUGACACUGUGUAUCAAGGAAUGUCCCAUAGGCCCCGGAAAUAGAAUGUCCCACCCAUUGACACCCACUGUAUCAGGCAUCAUUCACUGAAACUCUGAUUAAAAUUCAUGUAGCCUUGCUUCACUCACAAGAUAUAUAUAUAUAUAUAUAUAUAUAUAUAUAUAUAUAUAUAUAUAUAUAUAUAUAUAUAUAUAUAUAUAUAUAUAUCUCUUAUAUACACUUCAUGAUCAGUUUACAUGCUGCUAUCCCAUGACCAUGAUGCAUAUUGUGCAUACUGCAACUUCUAUAUAUUUAUCAUUACAUCAAGUAGGUGAGUAUUGUUGGAAUAUUAUUUUUUAUGCUAAAAAAAAAGAAGAGAAAUGAGCAUAAGAUGACUCAUGAAACUACUUUCCUUGGGAAAGGUCCACAGGUUGAGCCAGGCUUUUAUUUAUUUAUAUAUUUUGUAUAUCUACAUUGUAUAACACUUCUUUUCUUAUUCUGUUCUGUCGGUUGCUAAGCAGUGAGCUUUUCACCUGCAGCCACUUGACUUAAAACUGAUUCAUUUUGAUACUGUCUGCUUAUAAAACUUGAAGUUGCUUCUUUAAAACUCAUCUUGUUUCCUUCGUUUUUUAUCUCUUUAUUAUGAACUAUAGGGUAAAUCAUCAUGUGGUGUUUCUGAUAUUUCAUCUCUCCCCUUGUUGUGCGUUGUAAAGGUGUGCAGUUCACGACUGCCUAAUAGAAUUCUGUUUCACUCGCCAGCUUCUCAGGUUUAUUCCUUGCUUACGCGUGUCGUCUUACUGCUUCAAGCAAGUUUAUUGAUAAAGAACUGUAUCUACUCAAAUAUAGAGACUUUCUUACAUUAACCCAGUACACAGGAGAGGGCACUGAAUGACAGACGGCAAAGAAGGUAGCUCACGACUUUUUGACAUGUGAAGUAUACUGACAUGCCACGUCAUGGGACAGGAACUAGCAUUGUGUCCCAUGACUUUUGCCAUGUGCCAUGGAAGCUAAAGAACACUGCACUGAGCCUUAAAUGUGCAUUAAAUGUGAAUUUGAUUUCAGAUGUGAUGCAAAAGUCUGUUUUGUCUCCUCGUGUUUAAUAAAAUAGCGAUUUGUCCACUAUUACACUUUGUGUGCGCGUUUCCACUGAGAUUCACGUAAACACAACAGCACAUGGAAAUGGAGGAGCUACUGAACGCGAUGCCAUGUGACAGAGAACGCCAAAAAAACUCACUGGUCCUCCUGUUUUUUCAGUUGCAGUCCGGAUGCAAGAGUUUUACAGCUGAGUAUAAGUAAUACCUCCUGAGAAACUAAUCCGGUCCGGAUAGGGCUAAAUUCUGAUAAUUCAUGUUGCCUUGCUGUGUGUACACUGGCCAGUUUUCAGCCUCACUUAACAAGGUAACACCACAAUUUAUAAAGGUGUGUACAUUCCCAAGCUGUCCCAUUUCAAAAACGAUAUAUUUACACACUGCUAUCCCUUGACUUUUGGCAUGUCAGUAUAUAAAACAAUAUAAGUUAAACUAUGAGGAGACAUGACAGUUUAUGACAGAUUUUGUUUAGUUUUGACUUUUUGUGUCUAUUUAUUUCUUACUUUUUUUUAAACUGAAUGUAUUCACAUUCCUAUUUUGCACUUCUCCUCACUUGCAUUUGUACAGGUUUGCAAAUGGAAAGGGACCACUUUUGCACAUUAUGAUACGGAAAUAUUUUGAUAAUAGAGGACAAACGAUGUGAAGUUGAAAGCAGCAUGUUUAUGGUCGAUGAUUGUACUUAAGCCUCUGGCUCCCUCUGUUGGCUGAAUGCAUGAACAGACUGUAUUUAUAUAGCAGAAUGAUCCAAGCAGGGCAACUUCAUCUUAUUCAAGUACCAGUGGCACCUGCGAAAGACUUUUUGUUUUCUGUAAACAAAGCUCAAGAAAAUAAGAAAAAUAAAGACAAAAUGUUCCAUUA